CUUCUUUGUAAGCAACUUAGUGACAGUGAGGGACAUUUUUGUGACCAUUUGGUAAUUUAAAAGCUUGAAAACGCCUAAAAAGACGGAAAUCAUGAAGGACAGUGGGACGUCCGGUGGUCAGCUACGGGCGUCUGAAAGUAGCGACACCCUCGAGACCUACCUACUGACCACUACCUCUCGGCCGGACUCGGACGCUUACUUGCUGACCACUCGGACACUGCCCGAGGAUUAUGCGCUGACCAAGGACAACGAAGCCUACCAGCUGACCACUCGGACACUGCCCGAGGAUUAUCCUCUGAUCAAGAACAACAGAGGCCGAGACCGUGACGACGACGAUCUAGUCUGGAUCCCUAUGUCUGGAAAAAAAAGCGCUGAUGCUAAUGCUUCUAGACUCUCUGAAGAAGAUACGUCGUUUUGCGCUAAAAUAAGAAUGAGAACAAGUCUUGAAGAUAUCCGUUCAUUGUACUUUUGGAAGGCGGUUUUCGCCGAGUUUGUUGGAACUUUUAUACUAGUCAUUACGGCUGUAGGGUCGUGUGUCCAAGGAUGGAAGGACGAUCCACUGGACAUUGUACAGAUUUCCUUAUCAUUCGGCCUCUGCGUCGCCACCAGCGUAUGGAUCAUUGGCCACAUAAGCGGUGGCCACAUUAACCCAGCCGUCACAUGUGCCAUGCUCAUAACGAGGCGUAUCAGUCUCAUUCGCGCCAUCCUUUUCAUAAUCGCCCAAUGCCUUGGCUCCAUCGCUGGCGCCGGAAUUCUGAAGGCGCUUACGCCAUCCGCCGUGGUUGGCGGCUUGGGAACGACCACCCUCAACACCGGGGUUACUCCUGCUCAAGGUUUCGGAAUCGAGCUUAUAAUAACCAUGGUGCUGGUGCUGACGGUGUUCGCCGCCUGUGAUAGCAAGAGGACAGACCUUGGCGGCAGUUUCCCGCUAACAAUUGGCUUUGCCGUCACCGUCGGACAUCUUUGGGCGGUCGAGUAUUGCGGGUCCAGCAUGAACCCCGCAAGGAGCCUGGGACCAGCUGUCAUCAUGGACAUCUGGACUGACCACUGGGUGUACUGGCUUGGACCAAUAACAGGCGGAAUAAUUGCCGGUCUUCUGUACGACAAUGUCCUCGCUUCCAACGCGUCACUAAGGAAGGCAAGAGACUGCAUGAUGUCAUCACAGUUCGACGACGGGAAAUACCCGGCUGUGAAACCCAAAGUUCGGGUGAUUGAAGACGAGUUCGAGGCUGAAGCUAUGACAAACACCGUUUGAAAAUUGUCUACCUUUAUUUAAACAGAAAUCGACAAUGUGUAUCAAGAUUGUAUUUUACAGCAUUGUAUCUUGUUCAUUCAAGAAUUAUUUCAAUAUUUUAUUUCAUGUCAUAGCCUUUCAAAAGCCUAUUUACAAAUCAAUUAACUCUGUGACCUCAAUCCUUUUAUUUUUACUUUUUGCGAUUCUGCAUUUAAUAAUGUGUCACCUUUAGUAUGUUUAUAUCUUUCGUGAAAGCAGAAACCAUAACAUGCGUUGAAUGUUCAAUGGAUGACUGAUUAUGAGUGAACAUAUUACGAAAUGGUAACAUAUACUUAUUGCUAUGUAAUAUCACUGUAUUGCGCAUCACUCAUUAAUAGAAUGUGAUACAAAACUGUACUUUCUCUAUUGAGUGUAUGCUCAAUCUGAGCACAAAACACAUUUCCUUUAAGAAAGGAUAUAACAUAUUUUUAUAACAAAAUUAUAAAAAAAUCUAUGGUAAAUAACAUUAACUAUUGUUAAUGUGUACUUUUUUCAAUAUUGUUGUACAAUUAAAUAAGUAUGAACGCAGUAUAUUUCAUUUUAAAAAUGAGGCGUGUCGUAUUUUGUAAAAUACAUUGGUAGCCUGUCAACCCCAAUACAUUUGGGAUUUGACGUGAAUGUAUCAUCUUUUGAAUGAUGACAUUUUAGUAUACGUUAUUAUGCCUAGUUGUACCUAAGUCGACUUUAUAGUAUGUCGCUUAAUCACAUAUCCAUGUUCAUUGUUUAUGUUUAAAAAUAUGUUUUAUGUUUUAAACGUAUGUUUUAUAUGUGAAUAAUUGUGUUUUAUUUUACAUAGAUGAUCAUUAAAUCGAUUUUCAACAUUUUAUACAUGUAUGCAAAUUGUUUUAUUUGCGGUUGUUACAUUUUAUUUUUGUUUCAUUAAUUGGACGCCGAUAUUUAUUGUGCUUAUCAUUCGUUAUUUAUUGUGAUUGCCAUUUAUAUAUUUACUAUGUGAGAAUAAAUACAUAAAUCAA